AACGAGCAGUUGGCAAAGAAGGACGACACCAAAUUGACAAUUCCUCCAUUCUUGGAGGCCAUGAAAUCCAAAAAGUCUGCCUUUGCCCAUUCAUCGACUGGCUACGGCAAGCAGAAGCAUCACAAAGGACACGGUCAUACACACUCGAACAAUCAAAAGGACAAAUCCGAGUCAAAGAAAGAGCCGAAACCCAAUCUAGAUGCAGAGAAAGAGGAGGAUAAGGAUUUGAACUCCGGUUUUGGUGACUAUUUGCGCACGCCGGAGGCAUUUGAGAUGAUGAAAUUAUUUGUCUUUGCGAAUACAAUAAUGUUAAUUGUUACCAUGGCCUGGCCACAUGUCAAACAGCAAUUCGUAUGGCUUAAUGAAUGGUGGGCAAACUACGAGCAUUACCAAUAAAAAGAA